GUCCACACAGCUAGAACAUCAGAAACAGCUUCACAAUUCCCAUUUCCCAUUUCCCGAACUAAAAUGGCGAGAUACGAUAAUCAGUACUACUUCUGGGAGUAUUUCUCUUUCCCACUGCACCUGUGCUUCUUCAUGUUCAUCCUUUUCUUCGUGUUAGCAUUUUCAUGGUACAUAAACUACGAGUCUGUGUACGAGGACUUGCUCAUACAGGUGAAGAUUUUGCUGGCCCUCGUUCCACUUGUGUUGUUGCUGGUUGUUCACUGCCUCUCAAGUGGAGGAUCGUUUCCUAUACCUUUGCCAGAGGAGAGAGACUCGCUUCACAGAGCUGGAGGGUCUCCAUGGGGAGUGGCACUCUUGCUCGUUUUCCUCUUGUUCAUGAUGGCUUACCAGUCUUCUUUCCACGAACGUUGGUUUCCAUUAGCUACUAGAUAAGUCAUAACAAUGCUCAAGGAUCUUGCAUGCCAGUGAGUUUCAACUUCCUUAUAAUAUUAAUUUAUGAAAGAGUUUGAGAGAGUGAUUAAGCAUAUAUAGUACUGGGUGUUAAUUAAUUAAAGAAUUGAUUGUCUUUGGAGUGAUGUUUAGGGAGUUCUUAUAUAUAACUAGUAGGUUAUUUUACACA